UGGCGGCAAGUUAGGGCUAAGUGUUUAUCGGAAGUGUUUUUCAACGAUUGAUGCUAGUGAGAUAAGGUCCCAUGCGCUGUGGUGUUUUGGUUGAGAAGAGGGAAGGCCUUUCCGACGGGGUCUGUUCCCCUGUCAGGUGGACGGUAAAUCCGAAUGUUCGGGAAAAACAACAGAGUGCUACAGUUUUGUGAUAGGAAGCAAUAACGAUGGCAGACACAAGAAGGCGGGUUAAAUUGUACAUGUUGAAUGAAGACCGCCAGUGGGACGAUCGGGGCACUGGUCAUGUUUCAUCGGCGUACGUGGACCGGUUGGAAGGAAUGUCUCUUUUAGUCCGCUCGGAAACUGAUGGAUCAAGUUUGUUGGAGUCUAGAAUCCACCCAGACACGGCCUAUCAAAAACAGCAGGAAACUUUGAUAGUGUGGUCAGAAGCGGACAACUAUGACUUGGCUUUAAGCUUUCAGGAAAAAGCAGGAUGUGAAGAAAUAUGGGAGAAAAUUUGUCAGGAACAAGGCAAAGACCCAUCUGUGGAAAUCACUCAGGAGGAUGUAUUGGAGUCUGGUGAUGAACAGUUUGAUGAGUUGCCAGACACAGCUCCACCUAUAGAACUGCCUCCCUGUGAACUUAGCAAAUUGGAGGAGAUUUCUGAACUCUUCAGAAGUGUGCUUCCUUCUCCUAUUCGGCGAGAGAAGUUAUCAAGUGCCAUUGAGAGAGAUUCCUACAUUAGAAAGCUGGUGGACUUAUUCCAGAUAUGUGAGGACCUGGAAAAACUAGAUGGAUUACAUCAUCUGUAUGACACUUUUAAAAGCAUGUUCCUUUUGAACAAGAAUGCUUUGUUUGAGAUCAUGUUCAGUGAGGACUUGAUAUUUGACGUUGUUGGAGUGCUGGAGUACGACCCGUUGUUAGUUCAGCCAGCCAAACACCGAGAGUUUUUACGCAGUAGCAAGCGGUUCAAAGAAGUGAUCCCAAUCCUCAACCAAGAUUUAUUGACUAAGAUUCACCAGACUUACAGAGUACAGUACAUUCAUGAUGUUAUACUCCCCACACCCACCGUCUUUGAAGAGAACAUGCUAUCAGCUCUUUCUUCAUUCAUAUUUUUUAACAAAGUGGAAAUAGUGAGCACGCUACAGGAUGACGAAACCUUUCUGACGACGUUAUUUGCUCAGUUGACGGGUGAUGAAACGGACGAUGAAAAGCGACGGGAUCUCAUUCUCUUCCUUAAAGAGUUCUGCACAUUUUCACAAACAUUACAACCCCAUAGUCGAGACUCGUUUUUCAAGACAUUAUCAAGUUUAGGAGUUCUAUCAGCCAUAGAAAUCAUUUUGGGUUUGGAUGAUGAGAAAAUGAAAUCAGCAGCAAUAGACAUCUUUUCCUACAUUGUCGAAUUUAGUCCGUCCAUGGUGAGAGAGUUCAUUCUACAAGAAGGACAAACGCCUGAUGAUGAGGAUCUUUUAAUUAACCUAGUCAUAGAGCAAAUGGUGAAUGAUACAGAUCCAGAGCUGGGUGGUGCAAUGCAGUUGAUGGGGAUUCUCCGAAUUCUGAUAGAUCCAGAAAAUAUGCUGGCAACAGCAAAUAAGACUGAGAAAACAGAGUUCCUGAGUUUCUUCUACAAACACAGUAUGCAUGUGUUGACAGCUCCAUUGUUUGCCAAUACGACAGAAGAUAAGCCCAGCAACGAUGACUACCAGUCUGCACAGUUGCUCGGCUUGAUACUGGAGCUGCUCUCAUUUUGUGUGGAACAUCAUACCUACCAUAUAAAGAAUUAUGUGAUUAACAAAGACUUACUGAGAAGAGUUCUGGUCCUGCUCAAGUCAAAACACACAUUUCUAGCUCUAUGUGCUUUGCGAUUAAUGAGGAAAAUCAUUGGUCUGAAAGAGGAGUUCUAUAACCGGUACAUUGUCAAAGGGAACCUGUUCCAGGCUGUCGUGGACGCCUUCAUGGCCAAUGGGGACCGCUACAACCUCCUCAACUCUGCAAUGAUAGAGCUGUUUGAGUUCAUCAAAGUGGAAGAAAUCCGAUCUUUAAGCAACCACAUUGUGGAAACUCACAUGAAGGAGCUGGAAAAGGUCACUUACGUUAACACCUUUAAAACUAUCAAAUCGAAAUAUGAGCAGCAGCAAGAUCGCUUGAAAGACAAGCCAUCAGUUGAAAACAAUGUAUCGUCUGUGUUGAGGAACAACCGUUUUCGGCGUGACGCACGCACGCUGGAUGAGGAAGAAGCCAUGUGGUUUGAUGAUGAGGAAGACCUGGAGGAUGGUGAGGCCAUCAUCCCUAUGUCAGACUUCCUCAAAAACAAGAUAGACUCCAACAAAAUCGACUCAGACUUUGACCAUUUUAAGCUGAUGGAGAGCAAGAGAGCGUCUAAAGAAGCUGACAUCCGGGACUCCCCACCCAAGCUUCUGAACCGUACCUCCCCGAUUAACAUCAGCCUUAAGACGGCGUCACCAACGAUGACGCCAGCAGGCAGCCCAGUGUCCAGUCCUGGCUCUCCGGUUAGCCCCAUCCGGGUCAACCCUGCCCUCACCCCAGCCUGUUCUCCUUCCAGCCCGGCAGACUACCGGGAGGGACCCCUGGCUGUCAAGACUGGCCGGGUGGGACUGGUGGAUUACCCUGACGAGGAUUCAGAUGAGGAAGAAGAAGAGGAUUCAAUACCGGCCAAACGUCCUCGCCUCGCCACCUAGUCCAGACAUCCUCGCCUCGCCACCUGACCAACGGCCCAUGUGCUCUUGUAUGUACAUGUUGCCUGCCGACACAUUAAUGAUUUAAGAGACGAGACUCUGCUGGAGCAAAGUGGUGAAAUGUUACAUGGAGACACAUACAUCAGAAUUGUGACCGGGAGAUGCGUGCCUCAAAAUUGUGAAUGAUAAAAUGUGGUUCAUGUGGACGAAGUAGUGUGUGUCUGUCAUGGACAAACUGGAAUAUAUUAUUUGUUAAUAUUAUAUAAGAGACAUAGUACUAUGGGGGUGAUGAUAAGGGAAGGGUUGUGACCCUAUCCUGUUCUUGACCCCACAUGAGACUGCUGACCCCUGACCGUGUUGACCGACGUGUAGACAUAUUUAUCAUUCCAAAGUGACCCUGACCUGUACGUCUGAUUCUACAUUCUCACUCUCCUCGCUGCUUCCCCUGUGCUCCUCCUCACUAACUGUUAGUAUGCACACACAAGGCCUUAACAACACAGUGGACCAAUUCAGACUUCAGCUGCCCCGCUGAUCCUGUGGCUUUUUGUGAACAGAUUUUAUGUCCUCUCUUAAUUAUACUUCCGAGGUUAUUUUUGUAGUGAAUGAUGUUUGUCUGCAAGUUUGCCAUCUAGUUCUAGGAAUUUGGGUCAUAAUUUAUAAGAUUUGAAGACAUCAGUUGCCUCUUGUCUUCUCUGACUUUGCCAGACACGUGAAGUUGUGUUCAGAGUAAUAUAUGAUUAGUUUUUGUAUAGAAAAUCAUUGGUGACAAAAAUUCUGUGGAUUUUAUUUCUUUAUCUCAAAGUGUAUGUGUGUGAGUUACUAGACUGGUAUUGAAAUGUAAAUAUAUUUUAAAGGAAAGCGAGGUACACCUGCUGCAUAUUUCUUUCUCUCUAUAAGCUGAUAUCAUCUGAGAUGAAUGCCUUUGUUCUCAAGAGAUAAUGUCAGUGGUAUGAAGUGUCACUCCGUUUAACCAUGCAAGUACAGUUGCCAGGCUAUGGACUUCCCACUGAACUUCCCUUAUUACUAAGCUUAUCAAGUAACAACAGAGAAUGAAGUAAUAGGUUUUACCUGCUCAAGUGUUAUUUGCUGUAUUAUGUUUAUUACUUCUGGAAAUCAAGCAUUGAUAUCUGCACUCUAAUCCUGGACAAAUGAAAACCAUUGGACAGUUUAUGAUAUGGUGACCUUUCCUCAUACCUAUGGAAGUUAAAUAAUGGUCCUUCAGUUUUGUCUGUAUUUCAGUCAGACCUUGCGUGUAAGACUUUCCCUACAAAGAUAGACUUUGUAGUUGAUGUACUGUUACUAUGGUGGGGUGUGUUCAGUUCCUUGCUGCCAUGUAGUCAGUAGUGUAGUGCUUCCAGACAAACCAUUGACAGUAGUCCCUUACAGAUUUAUCCCAGAUUGUGAGCAGAGUUCAUACACAUAAUGGCCCACAUAGAUCGUCACAAACGUCAGAUUCCUGUUGAAACUAAUUGCACACCAAGUUUUCAUAUAUUAUCAUAGCUAGUGAGGUCAGCAGAGUAAAACUGCCCGUGCCUACGUGGUUCUGUGCUGGCUCAUGUAUGGCCUGCUGGGUGUAUGGCGUAGGUGGUGAGGAGAUGGGAGGGUGGGGGCUCUCAACGGCAGCAAAGUCACACAGUAAAUACCUGUUCUUAUCACAAGCUGUGUACUAACGAACAGCAUGGCUGCCGCCGGUAACAACCACAUGGGAUAAUGUAUAAACUUGAAUGUAUAAUAAAUCAUUUCCUGUAUAAAGUGUAGUCUAUGUUAUACAAUAAUUAUUACAGAUAUAUAAUGCUAGUUGUGGUUGUCAUUGACAUUCAUAUUGGAUGUCUACUUGUUUUGAGAUCAGGAGGUGCGGUUUGUCGCAAACUGUGGAUGGGAGAUGUACAUAUGGCUCCUAACAAGCAGUCAUGGACGAGUGUUUGCAGCUGGUGAAAUAUGUUUGUGUGGCUGGCGAGGAAAGCAGCUGCGUGGAUGGGUUUUUGUUUGUAUGACUGAGAUGUGCAUUAAUGAGUGGGUGUCUGGCUGGCUGGUGAAGUAAGAAGCAUUAAUGAGUGUGUGUCUGUAUAACUUGGAGUAAGCAGUGAGUGGGUGUCUGUAUGGCUGGAGAGUAAGCGGUGAGUGGGUGUCUGUAUAGCUGGGGAGUAAGCAAUGAGUGGGUGUCUGUAUAGCUGGGGAGUAAGCAAUGAAUGGAUGUCUAAGAUCUUGAAGUAAAGCAUUAAUGAUUAUGCGUCUGUAUGGCUGGUGAAAUAAGCAUUUAUGAGUGGGUCUGUAUGCCCGGUAAAGUGAGCGUGAGUGAGUGGGUGUCUGUAUGUACUUGCUAGACAAGAGAUUUUCCCCCACAGCUUCUACCUCCUUGUCUCAAUCCUACCACAUUGCCAGAUGUCAUUGAAAACAAUUACACAUGCAGAAAACUUGUGCAGUGAAAGUAGAUGUAUUUUGUAUAUUUUCUAUUAGGCACAUUGAGAAAAUUUUCAACCAGCUUUAGUUUGAAGCCUGUAGCGCAGAAAUCCAAAACAGAUUUUCCCAACUUUGUGGUGUUUCAUGUACCUACUUGUUACAAUUCAUGAGUAUUCAUCACAUUUGAUACCGUUGCUGUUUUUACAGUUUAUCAGUGCAUGUAUGUAGUUGGAGUGAAUGAGUGAAUGGUUUGGAGUCGUUGGAAGAUUUUUCAUCUGUAUCGGUCUGAAAUUUUUUACGGUGUAACAUUCAAAUCAUGUUUAAUAA